AUGAACAUCCUGUCUUCAUACCUGGGGAACUGGCGCCUCAAGCUCAGCAUGGGUAAGACAACAUCUUCAAUGUUCCACCUCAACAACAGGGAAGCGACCCGCGAGAUGAACGUCAUGGUGGAUAAUGCUCGGUUACAGUGCCAGCCCGUCCCCACGUACCUCGAUGUGAAGCUCGACAGAACAUUGGCAUUCAAACGACACCUGGAAGGUGCCAAGGCAAAGACAAGCGCCUGUGCUUGUCCACAGUGGGCCUGGUGUUCUCAGCCGCCGAGCACUGUGCCCCGGUCUGCCUUAAGAGCUCAAUCUAAUUCUCGUGAAAAUAUCAAAUUAACCACUUUUAUUCUGUCCUUUGAGGUAAAAAUGUAUUACUCCCCUGAUGACAAAAACUAUUCCUCAUCUCCAUUUUACCCCAGUGAUGUUUUAUUCUGCAAUCCUGCCCCUUGUUCUAGAUUUCAUACUGAGGAAACCGUCCCGUCCAAAGAUUAUCUGAUCCGUCCCGUCCCUCCCUUCAAACGCCUUCCCCUCCGCCCAGAGCUGCCCGGACAUGUCCCUGCUGUUGUGCGAAUGACAGGGAACCCGAGUGAGUCAGCGGGCGUAGUCUCGGCGGCGGCUGAUAAACAAGCGGCCGGUGAUCCGCGCUGGGCACAGGCUCAGGGAGUGCGACAGGGUCCUGCAGUAAGAUUCAGCAAAGCAACUGCGAGUGAGAUGGCAUCUCCUCAGGUUAGAGAAGAUGGAGGUGAAGAUGCAAUGCAGAGGGAGUCUGGAGCUGAGAUGCCCAGUGGUGGACAGGAUGGCCCUCAGCAGACCACAGAGGAGACCCUGGUGUUCUUUGACUUGGAAACCACAGGCCUAGAAAACGAUUGUGACAUUGUGCAGUUGUCGGCAGUGAGUGGCGAGAAGAUCUUUAACAAGUACAUCUUGCCUAGUAAGACCAUCUCGGCAGGUGCGUUUGCCACUAAUGGAUUUCAAGUCUUGGACGGGGUCCUAUACCUUCGAGGGGAACCUCAGCAGGCCAGCAGCCUUCAGGACACCGUGGAAGCUUUCCUCCACUUCCUGCAGUCUCUGUCCUCACCUCUGAUAAUAGGGCAUAACAUCUGGAAGUUUGAUGCUCCUAUACUUUUACGAGGUCUGCAAGAGCUCUCCAUGAAAGAUCAGUUUGACAGUUGUAUAACUGGAUUCUUAGAUACUCUCUUGCUCGCUAAAGUUGUUGUUCCCAGAUCAGAGGUCAAUAGUUAUACGCAAAUUGAAUUAGUGAAAGUGUUUCUUAAGAAAGGUUAUAACGCUCACAAUGCUGUGGAAGAUGCAAAAAGUUUGCAGGAGCUGUAUUCUGUCCUAGAAUUUACUCCAGAACAAAAGAAGAGCAGUCAGUUUUCAAUCUCCCAGCUUGAAUGCCAAGUGUCUUUGCGGCCCUUACUCAAAGAAAAAAUAAUUUUCUCUCAGUUAGCUGAUAAACUUGCAAUGCAAGGAGUAAGCUUCGAGAAGCUGCAAUCAACGCAUCAACAAGAUGGGGAGGAAGGGCUGAAGAACUUAUUCCGGUCUCUGGGUCACAUGGAACGCAGUUGCACGAGGCUCUCGAUAUUUUUUAAGCCUGUGAAGAGCGCAGAUGUAUUGAACCUUUGAAGUUGAUUGUUAUAACUAGAGCCAGGGUUUUGCCAUAAAUGCCAUGCGCUUUUAAUGCCUUUUUUGAUGAUUUCACCAGGAUAAUUCCUUUUUCACGAUCGAGUGCCUAAAUCAGCCUUUUUUUUUGCCGUUUUGCUAAAAGGAUGUGCUAUUUACUUUAGUUGUAUUGUAUACUAUGCAGUUGUAUUGAACCUUUGAAGUUGAUUGGUAUAACUCAGUAACAGAGACUGUGUAUUCCUCUCAAUGUGCACGAUCCACUUCCUUCUAGCUGAAUUGCCCUCUGCAGCUAUUUUUUACCUAAUUACCCUUAAAGCACAAUAACAAGCUGCUGGAGAAACUCAGUGGGUCAGGCAGAAUCACGUUCCCACCACAGAUGCUGCUUGACAGCUGAGUUCCUCCCGCAGUUUUCUGCUCAAGAUUCCAGCACCUGCAGUCUCUCGUGUUAUUCGUAAUAAUGUAUUUUCUAUCUAUAUGAAAUGAAAAUGUAACUGUGGAUCUUAAAUAAAUAAUAUUUUACAA